AUGGUGAUAAGGAAAAAACUUCCAUUACGUCGAGGCAAAGGCAGAGAACCUGAACCUCAACCAGUUGUUGAAGGUGAUGAAAUAGGGUCGGCUGUAUUUAAAGGCUAUGACGGAGAUGAGUCUGAACCUGUACCCGGUGAUGAUUGUGAGGCUAUUGUUGAUGAUCCUGGUGAUGAGAUCGAAGAAGAUGGGAAUGAGGUUUCAGAAGAAGAAGGAUGUGGCGUUCAAACUGAAGAAGAAGCUUGUGAAGUUUUCUCAUCCCACUUUGGAGAUGUUGCAAGUAAUGAUGGAGACGGAAACGAUGAGAGUGGAGAUGACGAUUGCUGGAAUGAGGAUAAUAUACCUGAUCCUGUAUCAUCUGAUGAUGAGGAAGAAGAUGCGCGAAGGGAAGCUUGUGAGGAUGCACCAUCAGCCGAUGAGGUCUUAGCGUUAGGGAAGACGUUUUCGUCUGCAUCAGAGUUCAAGCAAGCUCUUCUUCGAUAUUCUCUGAAAACAAGAUAUGAUAUCAAGCUAUACAUAUCAACACAAAUGAAGCUUGGCGCUGUUUGUUCUGACACUGAGUAUGAUUGUCCUUGGAGAGUGUAUUGUUCGUAUGAGAAGAGGAAACAUAAUCUGCAGAUAAAGGUUUAUGUUAACGAACACGCUUGUAUACGUUCUGGUUACUCGAAGAUGUUGAAGCCUUUAUCAAUUGCACAGCUGUUUACGGAAAGGUUGAGGGUGAAUCCUAAGCUUACAGCUAAGGAAAUUGGUGAAGAGAUCAAGAGAACAUACAACUUGAUUGUUACUGAAGACCAAUGUCAAAAAGCUAAGACUAAGGUCACAAGAGAAAGAAGAGCAAGCCAUGAAAAACACUUUUCUCGAAUCUGGGAUUAUGAAGCAGAGCUUCGAAAGACUAAUCCGGGAACCAUUACUGAGAUAGUGACCAUUCCUGGACAAACACCAAGAAGCAAGCAAAGGUUUGAUCGUAUCUACAUUUGUUUUGAAGUACAACAUGCAGCUAGGAAGUCAACUUGUAGACCGAUCAUAGGACUAGAUGGUGCAUUUCUGAAAUGGGAUGUGAAAGGCCAAUUGAUUGCUGCUGUUGGAAGAGAUGGAGAUAACAAAAUUGUGCCGAUUGCAUGA